CACCAACGCCUACGCCGCCGCAUAUAUAUGACGGCGAGAUGCGGCGCGACGUAACCUAACCCAACCUCGUGCCGCGCCCUCGAUCUCCCCCGUGUACCGAGCGGGCGCAUGGCGGCGGAGCGCGGCGGCGAGGGCAAGACGGACUGCUGCAGGAAGACGCCGUGGACGGCGGAGGAGGAUGAGGCGCUGCGGCGGGCGGUGCGGGAGCACGGGCGGCGGAACUGGGCGGCCAUCGCGGGCGCGGUGGCCGGCGGGCGCGGCGCCAAGUCGUGCCGGCUGCGGUGGUGCCAGCACCUGGCGCCGGAGCUGGACAGCCGCCCCUUCACGCCCGAGGAGGACGCGCGCAUCGUCGAGCAGCAGCGCGUGCACGGCAACAAGUGGGCCACCAUCGCGCGGUACCUCCACGGCCGGUCCGACAACGCCGUCAAGAACCGCUGGAACUCCGCGCUCCGCAAGGCGCAGCAGGGCAGCCCCGCCGCCGCGGCGCAGGAGGCCGCCGAUGACGCCGCCGAGGACCAGGCGGCGGCCCCGGCGUGCCUCGAUCUGUUCCCGUUGAGGGCCGGGGAGAUGAGGGAGGCCAAUGCGGCGGAUCGGUUGGGCGUUCGAGAGGAGGAUAAGGAGGCGGAGGAGGAGGACGCGGCGUCGAUCGGCCUUACGCUGGGGUCGCCGGGGCUGAGCGACGCGGAGCUGGCACUGAGCCUGGGGCCCGUGCGGCCGCCGCCGAACCGCAGAGUUUUUCGGUUGUUUCUCUGAGAUGAAAAUGAGAUGCUCUCUACUCGUCCAUGGGCCAGCCAUUCCCACUUCAGAUCGCACCGGGGGUGAAAAUUUUUGUAUAGUAAGCUAGCAUAUAGUUUGACUACUAAAAUAG